GCGGGAAGACGAGACUGUCAAUACGUUGUUUAUUUGGAAAACAGCUGCCAAACGGGACUAUGAAGUUAGACAGAGAUUACUGACAAUGUACUAGACAAUAUGGCGGAUGCCAAGAUGUUGAAAAGGCAGCUUGCAGAGGCUGUGAAGAUCAUAGCUGAUUUGAAGAAAAGUCUUGGCAUCUAUGAAUGUAGAAAAUCAAUCUGUAGAUUUUUGGAUGAUUUCUUUGGAGAUAUUGAUGUUGUGUCAGAAUCUCUGAAGAACCAUGGCGACAAGAGUGAGUGUUUCCACAUGUUGAUGUGGUGCCUGCACUGUCUCAGGAAUGAACCUCAGAUCUACAUACUUCUCCAUCCAACUACUGACACCAGCAGUGUCCCAGCUCCCAAACCUGGGCAGCUGAAGAGUGAAGUGCAGCUCUCUCAAGAGUUGGUGCAGAUCAAUGACCAGCUGUAUUCACCCGAACCACCAGAGUUUGUGACUCUGUCCAGGUUCCAAGUUCCCCUGGACAAGGUCAAACAAAGUCACGUGGAGCCUGGCAAGAGUGUGGACGCAGAAGGCCUGACCCUACAGGACAUGAAGAUCAACAUAGCAGAUCCCUGUCACUGUGAACUGCUGCAGAUCAACCUCACGACAUAA